UUUGAUUGACUUUUAAAUAAUUUAAUUAUCCCAAACCCUAGAAACAUCAAAGCUCUACACGCCGCGUACUAUAGUUAGGCUACCUGUGAAGCGCGCACCUGUGGGAGUGAAUACACGCGUCAUUUCCCAGAAGUGCGCGCGCCUCUUCCCUUUCAUCCGCAGCUCCGUUCAUGACGUUUCGUAUCGUUCGUAUCACAGAAAACAGAGAAACUGUCGUUUUUUGUCAAAUUGAGGAGCAAUAAUGUGACGAGAUUCACAUUUCUUUUGGCUGGAUGAUAGUGUGUGAACGGUGUAUUGACACUCACAAUAAUGCAGUUCCAGGUGUACAUCGUUGCCUUGUCUUUCUUGGUCUUGGGACCCGGAACAAAGGUUGACGCUCAGAGCCUUCCUCCUCCCAGCAACGUGUCUAUAGAGUGUGACAGCUAUAAAGUUGAAGUACACUGGCAAUAUCCACAUGCCAUAGAGAAUGUUGUCUUCCGGGUGGAGCUGAAGGAUAUGAGCGGGAUUGAAGUUCACCUCACAAGAGAACAUCGGAUGAAACUAUCUAACAUGCUAAAGACUCCAGCGUUUAAUCAUUACGUUGUCUUCGUGACAGCAAAACAGGGUGACAAGACGUCAAAGAAAUCCGAAUCAGAAAUAUUCAGUUUCAAUGAGCUCGCCUUGAGCGCUAUUAAGUGUCAGUUGGAGUUUCCAGAAGUUAAACUGUCGCCAAAAGAGGGAAAACUUCACCUAGAGUUUACCAACCCUCUGUACCUGUACGAAAACACACCAGCUCUUCGCAAUAACACGGAUACGGAUUUUGAUUUUAAAGCUGAAUCAGAAGAGAUCAAUAAAGCGUCAAACCAUUGUGGAAUGGAGCUUAAAACAUGUGAGGUAUAUUUUGACUUUGCCGAGAAGAGAGAAAAAUACUGCCUCAACCUAACAGGAAAUAUCGGACAAAGACAUUUUAAGCAGAAGAGAGAGUGUUUCAGUGGAGACUUGACAUACUACCCCCCGAUCUCCACAUACCUGUAUCCAUUGCUGGGAGUUGUUUUAUCAUUGCUGUUUAUAACCGUUGUUAUAUUGUUGCUGGCAAAGACAUGCAACGAGAAAAUAAAGAAGAGAGCAGCGACUGGUUUUCCCUCAUUCUUGGAUUUCAAGCCAACGCAAACACACCUCUGCAGACCUUUAAAAAUUGAGCCUGAAACCGUGGCGAGUGAUCUUCAAAUCGAACCGAUCACUCGCGACCCUGCUGAGAACAACAUGUUAUUAGAGAUCGACCCCAAUGAGCAGCAGUCGUGGGAUAGGCAGAGUUCUUCCGUCGACUCAAAGAACUACAACAAAUAUGGCGUAGACGGUGACCUGGAGAUCCAAGAUUCCGGAUCCUCCUGUGAUUUAGAUUUAGGAGAAAUGGGCAACAGCUGUCACAACCACACAAGCAGGUCCAUGAGCGACAUAUCUGCAGGAUACGACUGUCCACACGUCUUCAAACUAGAGAUGAGUCCAGGAGAUGAAGUAGAAGGUUACAGAAACUAGAGACCCACCAGGACAAACACAACUGAUGAGGUGAAUGCUUUCCGAGGCGGACAUGUGAAGGGAAGUCCCAAAAAAGACAAAAGAUUUUAUCAGGGAUGUUAUUGGGAAUAUGUCCGGACAGAUACAUACACUUGUUUGUACAACUGUUUGUACAAACAAAAGCUUUCAUGUGAUGUCAUGAAGUGGAAUUUCCCAGUUAUUCUGGUUCACAGCGUUGCACAACGACGCUUGAAGCAUUAGUCAUAGGCCUUUAUUUUCUUCCCGUAUAAUACAACUACAUGGUUAUUUAUUUUAUGUAUGAUUGUCUUACAUUAUUACAUCUUGUGUGUCUUUUACACUACUGUUUUACAUUACUGUAUCACUUAACAGUGCAGCUCAGGUUGUGAGUCAAACUACUUAAUAUUUUCUACAGCAGGAUCAUAACAAUUCCGACUGCUUGACAAUGACAUCGCAACAAGACAACUCAAAAAAACGUGUAGUAAAAUGGCACAUUGACUAGAAAUCCACAAAAAUAGCUUUGUAACUGUGAAGCUGCUGCAGUUUUGGUUGCGUGUCCAGGUAAAUGCCGUGUUUGGGCUAUGAAGUGCACUUUGUCAAAUAACGAUUCCUAAAAAAAUUCUGUGUGUUAUUAUUAUGAGGACAGGAAAGACGUUUCAGGUCAAAACAUGUUUUUAAUGUAAACUGCAUUAAGAGGGUAACGCAUUUGAACAUACCGAAUUAUUGAGCCAUCUAGAACAGCCAUGUUGAUUAUUGUAUA